AUGGAUCGACAAUCUCCAUUCGACUAUAUGAUGGCUGAAGGUUAUGACGAAAAAAAUAGAAGUCAUGAACGUUGGGAAGUCAAGACUGUUAAAUCCUAUGCAACAAAAAAAAUAAGUCAAAUCCAAUGUACCAGUACCAGCAAAGAACUUGUAUCUAAGACUGCAACUAAUUUAGAAGAUAGUCAAAUUCAAUGUAUUCAUCCCAGUACCAGCGAAGAACUUUUAUCUAAGACUGCAACUGAUGUAGAAGAAAAUGCUGAUGUAGUUUUGACAACUAUUUCUGACAACUAUUGGAAAAAUGAUCCUAAACAUUUUUUGAGUAUGAAACAACAAAUAUCUCCAGAAUUGAAAAAUGAAAUUUUAAAGUGGGGUCCAUGUCAACCCGUGGCUUAUGAUUUACCAGGUAAAGCAUUUAAAAAGAACAAAAACGGUCAUCAUUUCAAUAGCUCAUGGUAUUAUAAUAUAUUGGACGAUGGCAGUAAAAUCCAUCGUGAUUGGCUAUCUUUCUCACCAAAUUUGGACAAAGCUUUUUGUUUGCAUUGCAUGUUGUUUGGAAUAAACUUAAAUAGUAUGUCUCCUAUGGCCUGGACCAAGAAAGGUUUUUCUACCUGGAAAAAUGGGAGUAUGUGUAUAAAAUCACAUGAAUGUUCAGAAGAUCAUAUAACUUCUUCAAUUAAAGUAAAAACAAGAAAAACUUGUCUCCCACUUUUACCUUUACUAGAAAAUAGAAAGAAAAUGGAAAUUGCACAAAAUCGACAAACAGUUUCUGAUUUGAUUAAUGGGACAAUUUUUUUAGCUCAGCAUAACAUGGCUUUCCGUGGACAUCGUGAAAAUUGGUCACGUAAACAUUCCAAAGGAAAUUUUAAAGACUUAGUCCUUUUAAUGGCUCAACAUUCAUCAUCACUUCAACAACAUGUUGAAUUUAUUAAAUCAAGUGGGAAAAAAGAAGUUUCAUUUUUAAGUUGGAGGCGACAAAAUACACUAAUAGAGUGUAUAUCAUAUAAUAUUGCAUUAACAAUUCAAGAAGCUAUUAAAACAUCUGGAGUUUUCAGCAUAUCAAUAGAUUUAACGUUUGACUCGGCGCGUAAAGAACAAGUUUCUUUCAUUGUUCGAUAUGUAUGUAAAACUACUGGCGUAGUGAAUGAAAGGUUAAUUGCUAUGCUAAUGGCUAAAAAUAAUUUGGAUUGGAUUAACAACUUAGUAGGACAGUCUUAUGAUGGCGCUGCUAAUAUGCGUGGUGAGUAUACAGGUGUGCAAUCCUUAAUUAAAAAUGAAAAUAAAUCAGCAAUAUAUGUAUGGUGCCACGCCCAUCGCUUGAAUUUAAUAGUUAAAGAAGCAGUUUCUUCUUGCACAGAUGCAGUAAACCUCUUUGGUAAUCUCGAAACUUUAUACUCCUUUGUUUGGAAUGCAAAAAAAAGAGUUGAAUUAUUUCGUUCAAACCAAAAAAAAUACUCUUCAGCACAAAAAAAUUUGGCUCUUAAACGUGUUAACACCACACGCUGGUCAUCACAUUCAGCUGCUUUAAAUACAGUUUUGACCUCUCAUAAUGCUGUGAUUGAGACCCUGACCACAAUUAAACUUUCUGAAGGUCCUGGAGACGCCAAGACAGGAGCUGCAGCUAGUGCUGCAACAAAUUUGAUAGAAAGUGCUAAACAUAAAAUUAAAUUAUUAAAUGAUAGAAGUUUAAAUGCUUUUCAAGACAUUAUAAAGGAAGCUGAUCAAUUUGUAAUUGAUUCGGAACAAGAAUUUACUCCAAUAGUAGUAUCUAGACCAAAACGAUGCCCAAAAAAAUCAGGUGAGUUAAGUAAAGAUACUCCCAUAUUAGACCCUGUGAAACAAAUUAGAAUAGAAUGUUUUAAUAAAACACUUGAUAUUAUUCAAAUGGAUUUUAGUGAACGUUUUAAUAUUAAUGAGACUGGCUUAAUGAAAGAUCUAUCACUAAUUUCAAGAAGGAGAAUUAUGGAAGUGAGAAAAAAUCCAGAAACUCUUCCAAAAGAUGCUUUUAUUAUAGUCUGUGAAAUAUACUCAAAAUAUCUGAACAGAGAGAAAUUUAGCUUAGAUAUGGAUUUAUAUUCUAAUUGUGAUGCAGAUAAUACUACACAAUCUUCAUUUUCACAAGAAAACUCAGGAAGUCUGGGGGAUUUGUUCUCUAUAUUUUGUUUGGAAAAUCUACAGAUCACAUUUCCUACUCUCUAUGUUUUACUACAUUUGGCAAUUACAUUGCCGGUUUCAAGCUGUAGCGUGGAAAGGAGUUUCUCCAAACUAAAACUUGUGAAGACCAAACUACGAACAACUAUAACUGAAGAAAGACUGGAAAAUCUUAUGCGAAUUUCAUGUGAGCAAGAUGUUGAUAUAGAUAAUGAAAAAAUUAUUAAUUUAUUUGCCCAAAAAAGUAAUGUUUUGUCAAAGGCUUUACUCUUUUAA